GGUAGAGGAGGAAGCUGCUCCGGCUGCCACGGAAGAGGCCGCUCCGGCUGCCACGGAAGAGGCCGCUGCUGCCGUUGAGGAGGCUGCUGCGUGAGCAGGGGGUAAGCAUAGCUUAGAAGGAUUGUUACAGUGAUUGGUGCUUGUCACGAGCAGGACUUGUCACAAUCAGUAAUAUUCAACAUCCGGGAAAUUAUUUAUAUUAAGCAGCGAGAAAACCAUUUUUACCAAUUUGCAAAUCAGACAAAAUUUUUCUGCGAGGAAGAGAAUAUACGUUUUUUACGGUAGCAGAACAAAGUAUAUGAUAAAGUCACAAUAUCCUUCGAGUAACAAUAAACCUGUACAUUUUAUUUGUCCAAUUUCAAUUUCACAAUGUCAUUCUGUUUUCCUAUAAUUCUAACACAAAUUUUUCUUCUUUCUUGUACACUUCAAUUCUUACACUAACAGUUCUAUCCAGAAGUACCACCGCCCGAAAUAGUUGCCACACAACAAAAAUCGAUGCACUACACUCGACCUCUAUUGCUCCAGAAACACGAUCGUUCGUCGCGUGGAAGUUUUGCCCCUUCUCACGUUUCGCUCGAUAAAAUUUUUGUAGCUAUAGGUACAACAAGAAUGCCUGAUGUGAAUCGUUGCAGAGGCGACGCCGCUGCAUACUCCUGCACAUAUGAACAAGAAGAGGGCGACAUGCUAGUAUCCCUGUGGUCCUAAUCGCAACGUGAAGACAUCGGCAUGACAUUAAUUUUCCUCAGUUUCAGCAACUUCCGAACAUCGUGCACGGAAGAUAGGAGAGCGCCCUUCUGUGUAUGAAGUUUGGAGUUUACGAAACUGCAAAUUUGUCUUUUUCGUCGACGUAGCUGUAGUACCAUAGCAAUUUACAAAAACCGUCUACCCUACCUCGCAACCUCCGCAAAUCUUUUUUUGCAGAACUUGUUGCAUAAUUAUACUCCUAGAAGCACCUGUGCCUGUCCCCUAGGUCGGUUUUAUCCAGAGCCGCCUGUCCCCACCUCUAGAAGUAGUACAAGCCUUGUGCAAAAUUGUUGGACCACCACCUUCCGUUGUCCCCCAACAGAUGCACAGUGCAUGUCAUGGGAUUAUUUUCGAACUACGGUAGUUGUACACAUGAU